GCCGUAGACUACCCGUAAUACUAGCGGUAGCUCUCGCCCGAAUUUUGCAUACGCCUGCAUUACGGCAUGUCGUUUCUUGCCAACUUACACACGUCGACGGACCAAUGUUGCUGAAUUUGCGACGAAGUCUCGUAUGCGUGGAUGCUGGCCCAUUCGUCGUCAAUUUAAACAUUGUCUACUAAUAGACCAUUUUUAGUAUUGAUUGCCCGUAUUGUCUCCAUAUAACGUAACGAAAACGUAGUUUUACAGUAUAAGUUUGAUGUAUUCGUAACAUUUAAAUGCGUGGUCUAAAAAAUAACAACUCACAUAUUUUAUUAUUAUACUAUACUAUAUAUUAUUAUACCCCGUCUGGCUUCGGUCCCUACCGAACUCAUUAAUCAUGAGUUAACGCGGUGAUCCUGGUCGGGCAAUCCCGAUAAAUUUUAUUCGCGUGACUAAACUGUGAGUUAAAACCUAAUUACUUACAUAGUUUUUCAAGUGAUUUUCUAUACCUUCUUAAAGACAUUAGUGCAUUAUUUUUGUUUAUUCAACUAUUAUUUGUUAACGUAAUAAGGUUGGGUUAUCGCACAUGGCGAAGUUAUUAAAUGCUUAUAACAUUUUAGCUAAUUCCAUCUAUUAUAUAAAAAAACAGAAAAAAAGACUUGUGAUUACCCAUUUAGGUGGUAUUUGCAAGUAAGUAAACCUUUUAUAUAAAUAUAAGGGUACAAAACGUAAGGUAAGGUAAAGGUUGUCAAGUUCAAACCGAAUGCCAUAAAAACACUCAGUAAGCAAAAAGCGAGGAGUGAAUCAGUAACAGCAAUAUUGGCGACAGGCGCCGUCACGACUAAGUGUUUCGUUUCCAAUAACAACGUAAUUAAAAAGUUUUUGACUAACAAAAAUUUUUUUGAUGCAUUCAAUUGAUAAAAAACUGUUCCAGCUUAACAUAGAAUCUAAAUUUGACCUGAAUUAGUACCGUUUUGCCCCUCACUAGUUGCUCUACUCUUCGUCCUGUCAAAACUCAAAAGGUAGAAAAGAGCCGCGUAUUUAUGCUAAAUCGAGAUCGCGAUCCGCGAUCAAAAUCAAUGACCGCGGUCCACAGGCAAAAUUAUGAUGCUUGAAGUAGAUAUACGGAGUAAUGCAUCUAAUCUUAAAAUUUAAAGACGUUUUGAAGUCCAGAUUGCGAUCAGCUGAUCCUAAUCAAGAUUGAACGUGCGUCAGAUCGUGCCAGUCCUCAGUAUACGCUGUGCGUUCGCCGUACAUUGAGUUAAACGAUAGUUACAGACGAUAUGUCGCCGAUGGAGCCGGCGAAUUCCUCUGCCCGAACACAAUUAGAGGAAGACUUUAUUACGCAGUUACAGACUUUACCCGAACUAUGGCAAGCGCAGCAUAAACAUUACACCAACAAAUAUAAAAGACAAGCUGGAUACAAAAAGUUACUUGAAAUACUUAAAAAAAUCAAGCCACAGGCGACUGUAGAUGAUGUGCGCAAGAAAAUAAACAGCCUCAGAUCCAACUACAGGCGCGAACUAAGGAAAUCAUGUAUUGAUGAAUUUUAUACACCAAAAGCAAAAAGCUUCAAACUGUUAAGUUUUUUAAAUACUUCCGAGGAGCUAAAUUCUAGUCAUCAGAAUCAACAGUUUUUAGGAGUAACUGGGGGCAAUAACGCUGGCAGUAGUCAAGAAAAUUUGAACGAACCAGCAAACCCAGCGCCAGAAACAUCAUUUUCUUCAAUCAGUCAAGUUGUUCAGCCACCUAAAAAUAUAUUUAAAGAAAACGAGCUAAUAGAUCGAGCUAGCUUAUUUAUGGCUCAAACGAGUCUGCAAUCACAGAAAUUGUUUCAAGGAACUAAAACAAGUCAUUCACUAGCAUUGAUUUGGGCUGAAAAGCUGGAUAACUUACAUCCUCAACAAAGAUUCUUUGCAGAAAAAGCGAUACACGACAUUUUAUUUGAAGCAGGGUUGGGAACUCUUCACAGAUAUUCAGUUAAAAUUAAUGAACCUGAGAUGAAAGUUACGUCAGUUCAUUGUAAAGCUUCUCCCUUAUUUACACAAGACGACUCUUCGCCCUCCUACUCAGUUCCGAAUUCACCUACUCCCUCUGACAUGCAGCCCUAAUUAUUUGAUUGCAGAAAAUAAAUCUAA